UAAAUAGAAAGAAAAAAGAAAUAGAGUGCAAUUUAUUGUCAGCUUAACCGACUCCGGCUGUGAUAAAACCUCCCUCUUCCAAUUUUUGAUUUUCUGCUCCAAAUUUCACACGGCUGCCAUUUACAACUGUACGCCGCCGCUGCAAAUUUCUGUUUUUCAGUAGCUAUGGAGCAAGACACGGGGAUGUUUACUGUUUCCCAGACGAUUGGCAGCGUGCUAUGCUGCAAAUGUGGUAUCUCGAUGCAACCAAACGCUGCAAAUAUGUGUACAAGAUGCCUACAAUCUGAAAUCGACAUAACUGAAGGGCUUCAAAAGCAAGUCACCAUCGUCCAUUGUCCUGAAUGCGAUAAAUAUCUGCAGCCCCCGAAGACGUGGACGAGAGCGCAGCUGGAGUCGAGGAAGCUCCUCUCGUUCUGCAUUAGAAGGUUGAAGAACUUGAACAAAGUGCGGUUGGUAAAUGCAGAGUUCGUUUGGACCGAGCCUCACUCCAAACGGAUCAAAGUCAAGCUGAAGGUCCAGAAGGAGGUUCUCAAUGGUGCAGUGCUCGAACAGUCUUACACUGUCGAAUAUGUCGUGCAAGAUCAGAUGUGUGAGUCUUGCUCGAGGGCCCAAGCUAACCCUAACCAGUGGGUGGCCGUGGUGCAGCUGAGGCAGCACGUUUCUCACAGGCGCACUUUCUUCUAUCUCGAGCAGCUUAUUCUCAAGCAAGAUGCUGCCAAAUCUGCCAUCAGGGUUAGCCAGAUGGAUCAGGGUAUUGAUUUCUUCUUCAAUAACCGGAGUCACGCUCUGAAGUUUGUCGAGUUCUUGGGUAAAUACGUGCCAAUAAGGACACGUAGCGACAAACAGCUCGUAUCUCAUGAUCAGAAGAGUAACAGUUACAACUACAACUACACUUUCUCAGUCGAGAUCAGUCCCAUUUGCCGUGAGGAUUUGAUCUGCCUGCCCCCGAAAGUCGCUGCUAGUUUGGGGAAUCCCGGGCCGCUUGUGAUAUGCAACAAACACAGCAGCAUAUCUUUGUUAGAUCCAUUCACCCUCAGGCAGAGCUUUCUUGAUGCAGAUCAAUAUUGGAGGUCGAAUUUCAAGGCCUUGAUGUCGAGCAGGCAGCUCGUGGAAUACAUAGUGCUAGAUGUCGAGGCCAUUUCUUCGUCUGAAGUCAAUGUCGGUGGCUCCAAAUUCGUUCUGGCCGAUGCUCAGAUAGCCCGUGUAUCGGAUUUUGGUAAGAACGACACCAUCUUCAACGUGAGGACGCAUCUAGGGCACAUCCUAAACGCAGGCGACUAUGCCCUUGGGUAUGAUCUAUGCAGCACCAACAGCAAUGACAUUGAGUUGGACAAGUACAAGGGCCUCGUUCUCCCCGAAGUGAUCCUGAUAAAGAAGAGCUACGAAGAGAGGCGUCAGAAGAAGCGCGGGAAGCCCCGUUCCUGGAAGCUCCGGUCCCUCAACAUGGACGUCGACAGCGCUGCAAGAGGCGGAGGCAACGACGAGAAGAUGAACUCGGAGUAUGAGCAGUUCUUGAGGGAUUUGGAGGAGAACCCUGAUCUGAGGUUCAAUCUGUCUCUGUAUCGUAACAAGGACUACCAGCCAUCGGAAAUGCCUUCCGUGGCGGACGGCGAGGAUCCGCCUUCGAUUCCGUUGGACGAGCUGCUCGCCGAUCUCGACUUGAGCGACGAAGACGAUGAUGAGACGAUCGACCUUGAUAGCAUACGGGGCUGAUGAUCAAAUACUGUAUAUGGUUUACAAAUUUUAUGUCUGUGUUUAAAGCUUUCAAGUAUUUGAUAUUUUUGAAGACAGAUUUUAGAAA